AUUAGUAACGCUAAUCUGACUUGUUCACAGGAUUAAAGAACGAUUUUUGCAUAUAGAAUAUUAUUUUUAAAGUCCGUCAACAGUUUUUAAGAAGUUGGCGGCAGAUGUAAUCUGUUGAUGAACUUUGACCAUUCUUUAAAGCAAGAACAGUUUCUUAUCGCCGAUCAAACUAAACCUGACGUGAAACCCGAGACGGUGUACGUAUAGUGUCUUCUUACAGCUGCCGCGCGAUGACCUCAGUGAAAGCGGUUGAAGAAGAAAUGGAAUUGGAAGGAAAGGAGGAUGAAACGAGUGAAAGCGAUGAUCACUUACUUUAUGUGACUGAUCAAAAUGGAAAAAUGAAACUCAUAGAGAUCGACGAUAUUAAAGAAAUCAACAAAAAAUGCCAUAAAACUACAAAUUUUCAAAGCCUAAUGCAUUUCUUGAAAGCGGGCAUUGGAACUGGUAUUCUAGGUCUUCCCGCUGCCGUUAUGAACGCUGGGAUCGUGGUUGGACCAAUAUCCUUGUUUAUCGUGGCUAUUAUCACGACACAUUGUAUGCUGAUAUUGGUGGAAAGCGCGAGUGAACUUUGUAGAAUAAAAAAACGAACAUGUUUAGACUAUGGGGAAACGGCAGAAGAGUGUCUUCGCAUAGUAAGCCCUACACACGCAAAAGCAGGAAGAUUCACAGUCAACGUUUUCCUUUGUAUAACACAACUUGGCGUCUGCACUGUUUAUGUUCUUUUCGUAGCAAAAAACGUCGAACAGGUCCUACAGCAACUUCAAAUUUUGAAUCUCUCAGUGGAAAUAUGGCUUCUUAUACUCAGCCCAAUUCUUAUUUGCUUUAUGAUGAUAAAGAAUCUUUCAACCCUUUCAUGGUUAUCUGCUGGCGCAAACUGUCUUAUGGCAUUCGCAAUUGUGUCAAUAUUUGUCUACCUAAUCCCGCAUACUGGCAGUCCAAGCAAAUUGCCGAAUUUUGUGGGAUGGUCUGUAUUUCCCCUUUUCUUUGGUGUAGCGGUUUUUGCAUUCGAGGCGAUACCUGUAGUACUUCCUUUGGAAAACGAUAUGAAGGAACCAAAACAUUUUCCUGAUGUUGUAAAAAUUGGAAUGACUGUAGUGAUGGUAAUAUACAUCUCUAUGGGAACCUUCGGGUAUCUUACAUGUGUGGAUGAUUGUGAGGGAAGCAUUACUCUUAAUCUACCAGGAACAGUAUUCUUCUCGAUAGUAAAGUUAGCUGUGGCCGUUUCCGUGUUCUUUUCCUUUUUCAUCCAAGCCUACGUGCCGAUAAAAAUCAUCGAACCACCGCUGUUCGAACUGAUCCCCGAAAAACGACACUUAAUAAUAGACACAGCUAUCAGGAUAAUCAUAGUCCUAAUAACAUGUGGCUUAGCCGCGGCGAUUCCACAACUACACAACGUGAUUUCGUUGGUCGGAGCGCUAUCGAUGUCAUCAUUGGGCUUCGUUUUUCCUGUCGCCAUCCACUCAAUAACAUUUUAUAACGACCUUUCAUGGCUGGUACAUGCUAAAAACAUCUUUAUAUUCCUGUUUGGAAUAUUAGGAAGCCUCGCUGGAACCUAUACGGCGGUGUAUAAUAUUAUAAAAACAGUGCAGUCGGGGGGAUCUUGAUCAUUCAUAGAUGGCUUGAAAAUGCUUUUGAGAGUAUGAAAACAAUAUCACUAUGUAGGUGAACAGUGGCGUAACUAGAACGAUAAACGGGGUGGGGUGGGGGUUUGUUGGGAAUAUAUCAAGUCCUGCCCGACGGAUUUGUUUUGCAAGUAGCUACAAUAGCUUACAAUAGAAAUCCGUCGGGCAGAUAUAUAUCCCCCCCCCCCAUUUAUCGUUUCAGUUACGCCCCUGAAAGUGAAUCUAGUCUUAUAAAUAGUGAAAAAGACAACCUGCGAGAUUCUACCAAGCGUUUACAGUACUUAUGUAUAUAAAUGAAAUUAUUUAUUAAA